CAACAUAUGAACGGGAGAGAAAUGUCAAAAUGGCGUCGUCGCAGGACGCUUGGUAUCUUUCUCUGCUGGGGUUAGCGGAGAAUUUUCGCACGUCGAGUCCGCCCAACUUCAAGUUGUGCAUUCAGUGCCUUCAGGCGGUGUUCAACUUCAAGCCGCCGCAGAGGGUCGAGGCCCGCACGCACCUCCAGCUCGGCAACAUCCUGCUCACGCACACCAAGAACAUCGACCUGGCCCGCAACCACCUCGAGAAGGCGUGGUUGUUGUCUCAGACCAUCAACGGCUUCGACGAUGUCAAGUUCGAGGCGGCCUCGGUGUUGGCCGAGCUGCACGAACAACAGAAGAACCCCAACGCGGCCAAGCCCAUCCUGCGGAAGGCCAUCGAGAUCUCGCAGAACAGCGUCUACUGGCACUGCCGCCUAAUCUUCCAGCUCUCUCAAAUUCACGCGAGCGAGCGCGACUACGAGUUGGCGAGCAGUUUGCUCGGGGUCGGAGUCGACUACGCGCACAUCUCGCAGGCCAACUACACCAGAGUUUUAUUCCUCCUCAGCAGAUGCAUGCUCCUGCUUAUUGAUAAGAAAUUCCAAGACGUGAACCAGUUGCUGGCGCAGGCCGGUCACCUCGUCGACAGCUGGACCGGCUCUCAACACCAAAAGGAGUAUCUCAAGGUAUUUUUCCUGGUGCUGCAGGUGUGUCAUUACCUUUUGGCGGGCCAAGUCAAAAGCGUCAAGCCCUGGCUUAAGCAGCUUCAACAGAGCAUCCAAAUCAUUAUGCAGCCCUCGUGGCCCUCAGACGAAGUCCUGACCUCAACUAGUCCUGGAGAUAUGUUCAUCUGGAUGCCGAAAGAGCAUCUGUAUGUGUUGGUGUACCUGGUCACUGUGAUGCACAGCAUGCAAGGCGGCUACAUGGACAAGGCGCAGAAGUACACCGACAAAGCCUUCACCCAAAUAGAGAAGCUCAAAAUUGUGGACAACAAGCCGAUCCUGUCCGUUUUCCACCUAAUGCUCUUGGAGCACAUCAUCAUGUGUCGGUUGGUGAUGGGCAACAAGUGCCUGGCGCUGCAGGAAAUCUCGCAGGCAUGUGUUCUGUGCCAAAACCACCCUCGGCUGCUGAUGACCCACCGGCCGCAGCUGCACACCCUGCUCGGCCUCUACGCCAUGAGCAUGAACUGCAUGGAGUCGGCGGAGGCCCAAUUCUCGGCGGCGCUUCGGAAUUUGAAACAUUUGCAGACCUCGUCCGAACGGGAGUUGUGGAACUUUGCCAACCUCAACCUAGCCAUUGUUUACCUGCGAUCGAAAAGAGAAACCGAGUUCACGGCGCUUCUCGAACGCAUCGACCCAGAAACCAUCACCUCAAACUCGCACAGCAUUCGCGCGGCAGCUUACUACGUGCAGGGCCUGCAGUCCUUCUUCCAGGCGCGCUACAACGAGGCCAAACGCUUUUUGCGGGAGACUUUAAAAAUGGCAAACGCUGAGGACCUCAACAGACUGACUUCGUGCUCUCUCGUCCUGCUGGGACACAUUUUCCUCUCACUCGGCAACAGCAGAGAGAGUAUGAACAUGGUCACGCCCGCCAUGCAACUUGCCUCUAAAAUUCCCGAUGUCCACGUCCAACUCUGGGCCUCAGCCAUUCUUAAAGACUUGUACCGAAUGUGCGCAGACCACCCGCGGGAGAACGAGGCGUACCAGAUGCACUGCAACUUCUCGCAGAUGCUGCUCAAGGACCACUUCCAGUCGUCGCAGAUGGCUGAGCACAGUCUGAUAAACUGGACAGAGGGUCCGUUCCCUGCGCCCAUCGGCAACCCACCGAGCACCUCGUCGGCCAUCCUCUGAUGUGGAGGCCGGCCCAACACCCCCUCAAGGACUUGCCGCGUUCAGUGGAAGUGUUUCAAUGUGAUAUCCGACGACGACGAGCCGACAGCGCCACUUGGACCCAUCAAGUGCUCCUCCGCGGCACCGCUCUUUAAUACUCCUGCUUUUAAACAGACCACUCUGUGUACGUACAAAGAGACAUAACUACUUAGGUGGCGCCCACCGCAAACAAGAAUUUCAGAGGCAACAAACCGACGAGUCGUUUGUAUAUUUUUAUUAUCGGCCGGUGCUCGCCGCAAGACAGACGACGCGCGUGUCAGCAACAAUCAGUUUUAUUUUUGUUUUAAACGAAUUUAUAUUUAAAUUUUAAUUUAUUUGUAAGCGAAAAAGCAACUCUAUAUUGUGGAAACGCAUCGAUUGACGUACCAUCACAUCUUUUAUAUAAUUUCUACACAAUACAUUUCAGUUGUGUUCUAUUAACCCCUGCAGAGCAAUAAAAGAUGUCCACGGUUUUUGAGUAUAAAACUGA